UUAGAAACGUACGAGCCCUUUCGUUAUUCUCUCCGGUUGUCUAUUGGGAGCUUCUGUCCAUUUUGGCCUUGCUUGCCGUCGGAGAGGUCGGAGGCGCCGGAAAGUGCCACAUACGGAUGGCGCUGUCUCCGCCGUCGCCGUCGCCGCCGCCACAGGACGCCCAACCUCCGCCGAAUGUUUCUCUGGCGAAGCUAGAGCAGGAGAAGGAGCUCUCCUUCAUCAAGGCGUGGGAGGAAAGCAGAAAGAGCAGAGCCCAAAACAGGGCUGAAAGGAAGCAAGCCAAAGUGAGUUCAUGGGAGAACAGCAAGAAGGUGUCCCUUGAGGCGCGUCUCAAGAAAGUCGAGGAGCGGUUGGAGAGGAAGAAGGCGGAGUACGCGGAGAAGGCGAAGAACAAGGAAGCACAGAUCCACAAAAAGGCAGAGGAAAAGAGAGCUAUGGUUGAAGCAGUGAAGGGCCAAGAACUGCUCAAGGCGGAGGAGAUGGCCGCCCAGUAUCGCGCAGACGGCCACCUUCCUAAAAUGCGUUUCAAAUGCUUCAAACAUUAAAUCUCGGUGCGAACUCAUGUCUAUGAACAGUGAAGUUUAGGAUUCAAACCUCGCCGCUCCCCCUCUCCCAAGUAAAAAAAAAAUGUCAAUUCUCUUGUUUUUUUGUGCGUGUGUGUUAAAGCUAGAGAGAAAAUAUAUUUGUCAAUUUUUAAGGUUACAGAGUCUGAACAGAGGAAAUUACAUCUGCAAUCUUUCUUACAAAGACAGAAA